UCCACCAUCAUAUUCAAGACACACAACGUUUUCAUCAAAGAAAUAUUUCAGAGAAAUUAAAAGCAUUCACAUACAUCAAGACAAUGGCUUCUUGGUCUGCAGAAAAUGCCAUCAAAGCCUAUCUCAGCACUUUGAAAAUGGAUGAAAAGGCUAAAGAACCAUCUGUUGCCGAAUUUAUAUCAGCAUUAGCAGCUGGAAAUAAUGCACAAUUAAUGGUUGUUGCUUCUGCUGCUGCAGCAGAUUCAACAACACUUGCACUAAUUGCUGCUGCUAAUCAAACUAACGGAAAUGUAAUAUGCAUUGUACCUAACAAUCAAGAUCUAAUUGCAUCCAAGAAUUUCCUAGGAGCAGAUUCUAAUAAAGUGAAGUUCAUGAUUGGAAAAGGAGCACAAGAAUUAGAUGUAUUAAACAAAGCUGAUUUUGUGGUAAUUGAUUGUAAUCUUGUGAACCAUGAAGAGCUUGUGAAAUUAGUCCAAACUGGUGAUGGUAAUAAGCAAAAGGGUGUAGUUGUUGUUGGUUACAAUGCAUUUGGUUGUAAAGGGUCUUGGAGAACAUGUGGAACCAAAACUCAAUUGCUUCCUAUUGGUGAAGGAUUACUGGUGACAAGAUUUGAAGAAAACAAUGCUAUUAGACAUAAAUAUGGAUCUGGAAUGAAUAAGAGUGUUCGAAGUCGGUGGAUUGUGAAGGUUGAUAAAUGUACCGGUGAAGAACAUGUUUUUAGAGUUAGACUUUCACAAGGAGUGAUUUAGAAAAUUCGAUGGAAUCAGAAAUUUCCAUAGUUACAAGAUCUGGACUAUUUGGAUAAAAACAUGACAUCUCGUGCUUCGACUUUGAUGAUUUAAAUCGAGUGUUCAAAGUAUUUUUUGGAACAGAAGUGGUUCAAUGUUGAUUCCAUACUUCAAAUCGAAAUCGCGUUAAUGCAGAGAAAUCAAAUCUUGCAAGUAUCAGCCACUACAAGAAAAUCAUGCAGCCAUAUUCUUUUAGUGAGCCAGUACUCCAUCUAAUUUUUUGAGGAAAGAGAAUUAUAAAUUUUGGUUAUAUUGUAAGGCACCAAAGAGUUAGUCUUAUUUUAAAUGUACAAAGCAAACUAUAGAAAUAUAUGUUCUGAAUUGAGAUAGAUAUAAAAACGCAAUUAUUAUAAAUUCUUGCUCAAACUAUAUUGUUCUUGUUUUCUUUGUAUGAAAAGUUCAUAGGCCCAAUAAAAAAUAUGGUACCUUGUUCCAACAAUGGUUAUGUGGUUUUGUCACAUCAAUUACAGAAACAACCUUGAUAUGAUGC